UUCGCCGUUGAGGGCGUAACACGGUGAGGGCAUAGUAUCCAAGUCCAGCUCAUUCAAUCAUCAAUGCAAGUUGCGUAACACACGAGACUAUUUAACCUGAAGCGAUUCCAGCCAAAGAAAGUAGCCAACUCCAGUAUAUUAUUGCUCACUUCAUCACUGGUAUAUCCUCAAGUAACUGACGAUGCCGAUCCGAGUUGCAGUCAUCGGUGGAGGGGCAGCUGGCCUGUGUGCUGCAAGAUACCUCCGCGCUAAGCCAGACGUGUUUCAGGCAGUGGUGUAUGAGCAGGCAGAUCAGAUCGGUGGAACUUGGGUGUACACGGAAAACGUGGGGAAGGACAAGUAUGGCCUGCCUGUACAUUCCAGCAUGUACCAACGACUGAGAACAAACCUCCCUAAGGAGCUCAUGAUGUACCCGGGUCUACCCAUCACAGAGGGCGGAAGGACCUCGUUCAUCAAGCACACUGAAGUCCUGCAGUACAUGAAUCGAUACGCGUGGACGUACGACUUGCAUAAAUGUAUUCAGCUUCUGACGAGGGUUCAGUCUGUGAAGCCGAUCGUGAACUGCAACAAAACAAGCUGGGAAGUGACCGUGAAGAGUGUGAAGGACCCGGACGCCACACCGCAGGUCAAUGAGUUUGAUGCUGUGAUGGUCUGCAAUGGUCACUAUGCCGUGCCCAGUUACCCGAACAUCCCUGGCUUGGAAACGUUUUCAGGAAAAGUCAUCCACAGUCACGAAUACCGCCACCCGGAGGAUUUCAAGGGCCAGACGGUGGUCUUGUUCGGUGCUGGAUCCUCUGGCUGUGACAUCUGCGUGGAUCUCCACACCUUCGUGGACAAAAUCUAUUUCAGUCAUCAUAUCCCGAACAUCGACGCCUUGCUUCCUGAUAACCUGCGACAAGUCCCGGAUAUAAAGUCUAUAGACAAGGGCCGCGUGGUGUUCACAGAUGGGCAAAGCGUCGAGGCCGAUGUGCUGAUGUUGUGCACAGGAUACCUCUACGACUUACCGUUCUUGACGCCGGAGUGCGAAGUUGUCGUAGACCGGAAGAGGAUAUCGCCGCUUUAUAAACACAUCCUGCACACCAAGCACACCUCGCUGUCUUUCAUUGGAGUUGUCUGGACUAUCAGCCCCUUCCAGUUACUAGCAUGCCAGGUACGGUUUGCCAUGGCUGCUUUAGACGGCACCAUGAUCCUACCCAGCAGGACGGACAUGGACGCCGACACGCAACGUGAUUACGAGUAUCGUUGUGAUGAGUUAAAGUACCCACACCACUACGCUCACAAGAUGGACCACUUGCAGUGGGAGUACAACAAGGAACUGCUACGGCUUGCUAAUGUUGUGGAUGAUGACGGGGCCACUUUACCUCUCUUCAAGGAGCUUUAUGCCCUGACUUGGCGCUUGCGAGCGAAGGAUCUUGUCAAUUAUAAGAAGCGCAUCGUUGAGACAUCUGACGACUUGACUAGCUGGCAGGUUUUGUAACCUUCCAUUUAAAUGUUGUUGGAAACCUGAACCAUUUCAAUGUACGAGAGACCAGUCACGAAGACUUUUACGAAGCACAAACUAAUCUGACAUUUUAAAGGCCCAUUUCAAAGGUGGAGGCAUAGUGCCAGCUAGGUCUGUCAUGAGGCAGUUGCUUUGUACAAUGCUUUCGCCAUUGAAGGGGGCCUACAUGAUAAUAGUGUGCUUCAAUAGGUCUAUAAUGUACUUGGUACCUGAGUUUGUGUAAAAACAAAUUUAGGUUUGAGUGUACAACAGUGGAAUUUUGGAGAAAACAGGAACUUUUUGAAAUUGAAACAUUUUUUAAGAGUAACUUAAAAGAGUAACUUUAUGUUCCUCUUAUGCAAGGAAACAAUAAUAUUGAAUGAAGUAAGUAAUACAUAUUUGACUUCAGAUUUCAAUUUCGAUUUUUGUAUUCAUAAUACAAAUUACUUAUUCCCUCUGUUCUCAAGUGACUACAGAAACGGAGGUCAAAACAACACAAUUGUAAAAAUAUGUCAUUUCACGACUUUUAAGUUUUAUAAAUAUUUAUAAUGAGUAUGCUGCUUGAUUAUAGUGACUAACCCUCCUUAACUUCAACUUAAAACUAUCACAAACUGUCACAAAAUCUAACCCCCACUGCUCUUGACAGUUUUUGUACAAGCUGCUCUCCAACAGCCACAAAUCCCUAUGGAUCCAACUGUCAGAGCCUAUUGAAGUGGUUUGGCAGAUAGUAUGACCACUGAUACAGGUACAGCUUGUGUAGCAGCCAUUUUAAAAUUGUCAAUUGUGCCAUGAUGAGGGCAGUUGGCAGAUUUGGUGAAAUCUGUCACCUAAUGUUUUGUUUUUGAUAUGUAGGGCAAUGCUCUGCAAAUUGUCACUGAGCACAGGAGGGUUAGCUAAUGAGUGUAAUACAAAUGUAUCUAUUGCAUAUAUAUUUUAAUGGAAUUUUAUGAUGAAACAAAUGUAAAAAAUAAAGCUUAAUAUUUCCCCUAAAACUUAUUUUUCGCCAAAGUUGUUUUAGCCUUCACUGUUUAGUCUGACAAAAUCUUAGAAAUAUUGUAUUAAAAUACAUGUAUCUUU